CAUCAUGGAGUAUACGCAGAAAAUUCUUGUGGUGGUCGCCAUCGCCUUUUUGGGCUCCUUAUCUUUAAUAAGUUCGGCGGCUUACAUUAAGAAAGAUCUCAAUUUUGCGAAGAACUUUGAGAAAAACUUCAACCUAGAAUUGCCACGGACUUUAUUACGCGAAAAAAGACAGAGCGAGCGUUUCGAUCUUUCUUUGACUGAGAAUAAUGCCGCGGAAUUGGAAGAUCUGUCUGAACUCGAGAAAGUCCAUGAUAGAAGGGCGGUCGCGGAAGAGAUCCAGGAAGCUAGUCUGAAGUUCGAGAAGAUUGAAGAGCAGGAGAAACGAAGCGCGCACAAAGAACACAGUGAUAGUGAGGAAAAUACUCAGGAUGAAGCAGUUCCGAAAAACGUGCACGACGUCAUCCGUGCAUUGUACACUAAUAAGGAGGACUCGACCGAGGAAUUAUAGCAGGAAUUACAAGAG